AUGCCACCGUACGGUGGUGAGUGGCCUGCCGCCUUGACGGGCGUGCCUGGAGCCUGGCUCGCGGCUCGCCAGCAGGCCAGCGCAUGGGUUGCCAGCACCCAGCAACCCAGCAUCUCACAAAUACAUCUCGAUCGCUCUCUCCCUCCCUUUCUCUUUCUCUCAACCUACCACUCUGGCUUCGCGCCUCCUAGACUUGUACUCCUAACACCCUCCUUCGUAACCACAGCUCGAGACGAGUACGCAGCCGCCAUGGACGAGGAGUAUGACGUUGUUGUUCUGGGCACCGGCCUCACCGAGUGCAUCCUGUCCGGUCUCCUGUCGGUCGACGGCAAGAAGGUCCUCCACAUGGACCGCAACGACUACUACGGUGGCGAGAGUGCCUCUCUGAACCUCACCCAGCUCUACCAGAAGUUCCGCAACAGCCCUCCCCCUGAGAACCUCCAGCUCGGCCGCGACCGCGACUACGCCGUGGACCUGACUCCCAAGUUCAUCAUGGCGUCUGGAGAGCUCACCAAGAUCCUCGUCCACACCGACGUCACCCGGUACCUCGAGUUCAAGCAGAUUGCUGGCUCGCACGUCUACCGCGAUGGCCGCAUUGCCAAGGUUCCCUCGAACGAGUCCGAGGCUAUCCGCAGCUCGCUCAUGGGCUUGUUCGAGAAGCGCCGUGCGCGCAACUUCUUCCUGUACAUUCAGGGCUGGAAGGAGGAUGAUCCGUCCACCCACCAGGGCUUUGACGCUUCCACCCAGACCAUGAAGGAGCUGUACACCAAGUUCGGUCUCGAGGCCGGCACCCAGGACUUCAUCGGUCACGCUAUGGCCCUCUGGCUCGACGAUGACUACCUCAACCGUCCCGCCAAGCCCACCAUGGACCGCAUCAGCCUCUACGCUCAGUCGAUGGCCCGCUACGGCAAGUCCCCCUACCUCUACCCCCUCUACGGUCUCGGUGAGCUUCCCCAGGCCUUUGCCCGUCUCUCCGCCAUCUACGGUGGAACCUACAUGCUCGACAAGAAGAUUGACUCGAUCAACGUCGACCCCGAGACCGGCAAGUUCACUGGUGUCACCUCUGAUGGUGAGACCGUGAAGGCAAAGCAGGUUAUUGGUGACCCCAGCUACUUUGGAGCUGGUCAGGAGCCCGGCGCCGAGGGUAGAAUCCGCGUCGUCGAGACUGGAAAGGUCGUCCGUGCAAUCUGUAUCCUCAAGCACCCCAUCCCUGGCACCGAUAACGCCGACUCGUGCCAGAUCAUCAUCCCCCAGAACCAGGUCGGUCGCAAGAACGACAUCUACAUCGCUGCCGUGUCGUCGGCCCACAAUGUCGCUGCUAAGGACGUGUACAUUGCGAUCGUGUCGACUAUCGUUGAGACCUCCGUUCCCGAGCGCGAGAUCCUCCCCGGUCUUCAGCUUCUCGGCAACGUCGUCGACAAGUUCGUCUCCAUCAUUCCCAUCUACGAGCCCACCUCCACUGGUCAGGACGACAACAUCUUCAUCACCCGCUCCAUGGACGCGACCACCCACUUCGAGACCCUCUGCGACGACGUCGCCCAGGUCUACGAGCGUGUCACUGGCCGCCCUCUCGAGCUCAAGAAGAAGGAGCCUGCCGCCGAGGAGGAGGGAGCUUAA